CGACUCGCCAGUCGGCACACCGCCCGGGCGGGCGCCACACGACCGGAAUCUGCGCGAGCGGCGAGCGACCACGCGAACAAAAAUAAUUUCAGUGAAAUAAACACAUUCGCCAACGAACGCUGUAACAUGCGAGCGCUAGAUUCUGUGAAAAUAAUUCGAGCAAAGUGAACGAGUAUCGAGUGCAGAACACGAACGACUGACGGUGCACAACGAGAGAGCGAUUACUGCCUCUCCCACGAAACGAUUCGAGUCUGGAGCUGGAGACUCUUCGGCCCCUCGAAAUAUAGUAGAGAUCGCUCGGUGACUGUCAGGCACAUACAAUCCUGCACUGCUCUUGUACUGUACUUAGUCGUACGCUAAACGAACAAAUCGAAAAACCUCCAUCUCUCUGUGGCCACGGCAGAUGGAGCCAAAAAACUAAUUUAUAUAUGCAUAUAUAAAUCGGAGAAAAGUGAUCUCUAACGUGACGUCACAAUAAGCAUUGUGAUUUUAACUUUUAAAUAAUUAUAUAGCUUUGUUUACUACUCGCAUUUUUGUGUAUAGCCCGUUUUAUAGCAAUUUUUAUUGAACUUUGUAAAUAGUUAAAAAUAUAUUUAACAAAAAUAAAAAAAAGAGUGUGACAUUGUGUAAAAGUAACUAUAAUACUAGUCAUUCAUCUAGUGUAUUUAUUUUGUUAAAUGGGUCUUGUAAUCUAUAGUUAGAAUAAAAUAACUAUUGAUUAGAUCAAACUAUUUAUUGAACAGUAAUUUAAGAGAAAACUGAAAACGAAAACGCCAGAGCGCAAUAAUUUACCAAAGAGUUUCACUUAAAAAAAACAAAAGCGUGUGUUAAUCUGUGGAGCAAAAAGUUAGUGAGGAUCCAUUCUUGCUGGGAGUUAUAAUCUGUGAUUGAGCAAGAUGCAGACGCAAGUGGGAGUGGGCAACGGCAACGAAUUGCAGCGCAGCUACAGGAUGCAGGACUUUGCGUCGCCUGGCGUCAUCAUGCGCGAGCGCAGCUUCAUACGCCCGCAGUCGCACCACAACAUGCACCACAAUCAGUUUCCCAACAAUGGAAAGCGAAGAAGCAUGAUUUUGACCAACGCUAAAGGGAAGCCCACACUUGAGAUUUAUAGACCUCCAGGUGUCCGCACAGACGCCGCGCCUGCCGGAGCCGCGCCGUCCAACAAGCUGAAUGUCCACGCCAAGGAGUUCACCAUGGCCAAGCCGAGCGACCUACAGAAUAGGUCGGCAAUGGGCCUAGGGUACGCGAGCGUGGGCCUGCAGCACUCGCGGUCGGCGGUGCUUCACGCGCAGGUGCCGCCGCACUACCGGCCCGUCAUGCCGCCGCACGUGCUCAACAGCGACGGAAACGGGGCGCACGCGCAGGUUGGCCCUCGCGUGCACUUCAAGCUCCAGCCACAGCAAGGCGUCGUCCCGGAGAAGAAGAAAUCCCCGCCGUCUUCCCUGACCAACGGCAACGGGAAAAGCGUCAGGCCGCAGUCCUUCACGCCCGGUCUGAAGCGGUCCAAAUCGCUGACGUCAGCUGACGCUCUGGCCAGUGGCAUGGCGGCGCUGGGACUGGCGGCCGACGCAGGGGACCUCGGCACCUUCCCGCCAGAGAUACAGGAGUGCAUCGAUAAGGCUCUUGAAGAUCCGAACGCAGUAAUGGCGCGCACACUAAUGGACGCCGUUGGGCACCUGGUGUCGCGCGCGGUGGAGUCCCCGCGGUACGCGCUGCCGGCCGCGCGCCGCUGCAUCGCCGUGGUGGAGCGCGAGACGGGCGAGACCUUCCUCGAGUCGCUGCUCAACACGUGCCAGCAGUGGUACCACGACCGCGACAAGUUGCUGGGCGCGAUGGUGGGCGGCGGGCGGCCGCGGCUGAUGGCGUUCCUGUCGUUCCUGCUGGAGAUGUACUGCCAGCUGCGGCGCCGCGCCAUCCAGCGGCGCGGCGCCAGCGCGCAGCCGGGCCAGGUGCUGCUCACGCUCAUCUGCAAGUGCUGCGAGGACUGCAUCCGCCAGCCCGUGCCCUCUGCUAGCGAUACGGAGAACCUGUUCUUCGUGCUAACAUACAUCGGGCGCGACCUGGAGUCGCAGCUGCCGGGCGACCUGGAGCGCCUGCUGACGGGCGUGCGCGACGCUUUCCUCAACACGGCCGCCGCGCCCUCCAUCCGCCGCACGCUGCUCCAGCUGAUCGAGCUGCACGCCUCGCGCUGGCAGCUGCCCGGCUGCGCCGUGCUCUACUACUACCCCUCCUCCAAGUGUGAGUGUUGUGUGCUACAGUUUGUGUAACCCACCCAUUUCAGAGACCCGUGGAGCAGAAUCUGAUUUCCCAAAUAGUUACAUUAUCAACGCCUUCCUCAACACGGCCGCCGCGCCCUCCAUCCGCCGCACGCUGCUCCAGCUGAUCGAGCUGCACGCCUCGCGCUGGCAGCUGCCCGGCUGCGCCGUGCUCUACUACUACCCCUCCUCCAAGUGUGAGUGUUGUGUGCUACAGUUUGUGUAACCCACCCAUUUCAGAGACCCGUGGAGCAGAAUCUGAUUUCCCAAAUAGUUACAUUAUCAACGCCUUCCUCAACACGGCCGCCGCGCCCUCCAUCCGCCGCACGCUGCUCCAGCUGAUCGAGCUGCACGCCUCGCGCUGGCAGCUGCCCGGCUGCGCCGUGCUCUACUACUACCCCUCCUCCAAGUGUGAGUGUUGUGUGCUACAGUUUGUGUAACCCACCCAUUUCAGAGACCCGUGGAGCAGAAUCUGAUUUCCCAAAUAGUUACAUUAUCAACGCCUUCCUCAACACGGCCGCCGCGCCCUCCAUCCGCCGCACGCUGCUCCAGCUGAUCGAGCUGCACGCCUCGCGCUGGCAGCUGCCCGGCUGCGCUGUGCUCUACUACUACCCCUCCUCCAAGUAGGUCACCUUACCUCCAUCGAAUGGACAAUGAAUGAUCUGCACACGUGUCUCCGUGCUAACGGUAAUAGCAGUCUGACGUUUAUUCUGCGGACACGAAGCAAUUGUGGAACUGCAUUAUGUGUGUUGUGCGUGUAACUUCAGCACUCCUGAAAUGUUUAUCAUAACAUCCAAAUAAACCGUCCGUAUGUAUAUUUACAUUUCAAGCAAUAAGUUUCUAGUAAAUAGUUAUUAAUUUUUUGGGGCACUUUUAGGGCCUGUUCAUUCAAUAGUUUAAAAAGUUUUAUAUUCACACAACACUAAAAAUAUAUUUAAACAAUAGUUAUAUAAACCCCUACUUGAUAGUAUGCGCUAUCAAAGUCUCAAGUUACGUUGCCAGCCCGACGGAGAGAGAUCUCGUGGUGAAUAAAUUAUAGUAUUUAAUCCAGCUAAACAAAGGUUGCAAGCAUUUCUGAUCGAGUGUUUGAGUAUCUGUACUUCAAUAAUGUAGAUUAGUUUAUGUACAGGAGGUCAUUAGUGGUGUCGUCCCUUGUGCGUAUUUAGGCAAGCUGCCAUAAGCUCAUUUAAUUGUGCCUUUGAUGAUUUUAAGUAAUAAUUUACAGCCUCGGCACUUUCAAGUUUGUAUAAGUUUACGUAGAUUUGUUAGUCUAGUUAACUAACAUUUGACAAAAAAUAUAAAAAAAAUACGUUACGCUAAAUAAUUCUUGAAAGUGUGAGAAUGUAAGUUUCAUGUUGAAAUAAGGUAUUAGAAAUUUAGCUUAAGGUGGAUCUAUUGUAGACGAGGGAUAUUAUGCCUUUAAAAGUAUUAAACAAGUACGUGUAUCAUAAGUAGUUUGGACAAAUGAACGAUGUACACUACUGUACGACCUUCGCAUAGUAUUUCGUGCAUUGUAAGCCUUUGUCGAUUAUGUUUAACUGUAGUUAUUUGCCAUCUUGAUAGGUAGCGCUGAAUAACGCUUGUCAUAUCGUUUGCCUAGGGUAUCAAUAUUUUAAUGUUUAGCUUUGUUUCAUAGUUUAACACUAAGCACAAUAAUAAUGUUAUAUUACUGCACUCUGGAUUUUAGUUUUUGUGUAAACACCAUUCAGUUUUAAGGAAAUUAAUGUAUUGCAGUACAUAAUAAAAGUAAUAAUUUAUCAUUUUAAUUUUAAUUAUGAUGCUUAUUUUCUUUAUCAAAGGUUUGACUGAAAUUUUAGCAAAACAGAACCGUAUCAAUGUUAAUGCUUGUGAUAUUAUGGUAAAUUUAAGUUAUUUAGUUUCUGAUAUCUUUUCUGUCCUAACCAAAGACUGUUCUGAUGUGGAGAUUUAAUUUUAUUAUUAACAGAGAAAAUUUCAUUUUGUUGAAGCUGGACCAAAUUUUCUUGUUGUGCAUUAAGUUUCAAAUUAUUUUCAUAUUAUGGUUGGAAUUUGAAACUCAAUUCAUCUGUGAACAUAAUGUUCGAUUAGUUAUAGACUGUUGUGUGAUCAUUGUAUCAAUACCUAACGUAUCUUUUAAAUAGUUAGUUACAUAUUAUUGAAAAAAAAAGACCAUAAACUUUUUGUUAUUACUACUUAUUGCAUUCGUAGCGGUUAAGGUAAUGGUAUCUUUCUAUAAAAAAAUAAAUAAAAACACAAAAAAAUGGUGCUAACAACAUUGGUGUAUUGUAUAUUAUUUUAAUCGGAUACGGGCAAUAACAUUGGUCUCGUUACCGCUGUAAUUUUGUACCUACGUAAACCAAUAAAAUUAUAUCUACAAAAAAUAA